CCCAACCAAGGCGGGAAGGAGGUGGGGACACGACAGCCUUUGGUGAUUCUCUUGGGCUGGGGUGGCUGCACCGACAAGAACCUUGCCAAGUACAGCGCCAUCUACCACAAAAGGCAGCCCAGCCCUGAUGUGCUCCCAGCUGUGGAGUCAGCCCAGACCUCAAGUCUGUUGUUGCCCUGAUGGGCAGCAAAAGCCUGGGCCAAGUGUGCUGGGAAUUUUCUCCUUUUCUGACCAGGGCUGCAUCGUGAUCCGAUACACAGCCCCAUGGCACAUGGUCUUCUUCUCCGAGUCCCUGGGCAUCCCUUCACUUCGUGUUUUGGCCCAGAAGCUACUUGAGCUACUCUUUGAUUACGAGAUUGAGAAGGAGCCCCUGCUCUUCCAUGUCUUCAGCAAUGCUGGUGUCAUGCUGUACCGAUACGUGCUGGAGCUCCUGCAGACCCAUCGGCGCUUCUGCCACCUGCGUGUGGUGGGCACCAUCUUUGACAGCGGUCCUGGUGAUAGCAACCUGGUGGGGGCUCUGCGGGCCCUGGCAGCCAUCCUGGAGCACCGGCCUGCUGUGCUGCGCCUGCUGCUCCUGGUGGCCUUCGCCCUGGUGGCAAUCCUGUUCCAUGUCCUGCUCGCUCCACUCACUGCCCUCUUCCACACCCACUUCUAUGACAGGCUACUCGAUGCAGCCUCUCGCUGGCCUGAGCUCUACCUCUACUCGAGGGCCGACGAGGUGGUCCUGGCCAGGGAUGUGGAACGCAUGGUGGAGGCACGCCUGGCACACCGGGUCCUGGUGCGCUCUGUGGACUUUGUGUCAUCUGCACAUGUCAGCCACCUCCGCGACUACCCUGCUUACUACACAAGCCUCUGUGUCAACUUCAUGCGCAGCUGUGUCCACUGCUGAGCUCCUUCCCCACCCAACACCCACCCAACUUACCUCUACUCCAGAAAUAAAUGCCUGACACCUCCCCACAACCUAUA